GGGCGCGGACCUGGAGGCGGCGUCCCAGAAGGCGGCGCCUCUCGGAGGAAGUUGGUCCUUUAACUGUAGAGCCCGCUACCCGUCGCUUCAGCCUCCAGAAGCGAGCAGCGGGCACGCACCGGAGUCGCCAGUGCCGCCUGACGUGUGGGCCGGGCCGCCACUGCGCUCAGCACCCGCGCUCCCCGCAGCCAUGGGCGCCUCGGCCUCCAGCCAGCUGGACGAGGGCAAGUGCGCCUACAUCCGAGGGAAAACUGAGGCUGCUAUCAAAAACUUCAGCCCCUUCUACAGCCGCCAGUACUCGGUGGCUUUCUGCGAUCACGUGCGCAGCGAAGUGGAGCAGCAAAGAGAUGUGACAUCACAGCUCUUGAAGACCAAGCCACCCUUGGAUCCUGGCACUGUUUUAUAUGAAGCAGAACUAUCACAGUUUGCUGAAGACAUAAAGAAAUGGAAGGAGAGAUAUGUCGUGGUUAAAAAUGAUUUCGCUGUGGAGAGCUAUGAGAACAAAGAGGCCUAUCAGAGAGGAGCUGCUCCUAAAAGCCGCCUUCUUCCAGCGGGAGGCAAAGUGUUAACCUCAGAAGAGGAAUACAAUUUAUUAUCUGAUCGGCAUUUCCCAGACCCUCUUGCAUCCGUUGAGAAGGAGAACGCCCAGCCCUUUGUGGUCCUGCCGAAGGAAUUCCCCGUGUACCUGUGGCUGCCCUUCCUCAGACACGGCUACUUCUGCUUCCACGAGGCCGCGGACCAGAAGAAGUUCAGCGCUCUCCUGAACGACUGCAUCAGACAUGUCAACCACGAUUACAUGAAGCAGACCACGUUUGAAGCCCAGGCCUUUUUAGAAGCUGUGCAGUUCUUCCGGCAGGAGAAAGGUCACUACGGCUCGUGGGAGAUGAUGACUGGAGAUGAAACCCAGAUCCUGAGCCACCUGGUGAUGGAGGAGCUGCUGCCAACCCUUCAGACAGACCUUCUGCCUAAGAUGAAGGGGAAGAAGAAUGACAGGAAGAGGGCCUGGCUCGGCCUCCUGGAGGAGGCCUACAACCUGGUCCGGCAGCAGGUUUCAGAGGGACUCAGCGCCUUGAAGGAGGAAUGCAGAGCCCUGACGAAGGGCCUGGAAGGAACCAUCCGCUCCGACAUGGAUCAGAUCGUGAACUCAAAGAACUUUCUGACUGGGAAGAUCAAAGCGAUGGCGGCCCAGCCCGCAGAGAAGAGCUGUGCCGAGAGCGUGCAGCCGUUCCUGGCGUCCAUUCUGGAGGAGCUCAUGGGGCCCGUGAGCUCGGGAUUCAGUGAAGUACGCUCGCUCUUUGAGAAAGAAGUGGAUGAACUGAGCCAGAACUUUCAGACCAGCAAAGACGGUGCCCAGCUAAAGGAGCAUCUGGACCAGCUUAUGAACCUCCCGCUGGAUUCCGUGAAGAUGGAACCUUGUUACGUCCAAGUCAACCAGCUUCAGGAGCGCUUGCAGGACCUCAAGAGCCGCUUCAGGUUCCCCCACGUCGACCUCGUGGUGCAGCAGACACAGAACUGCAUGCAAGAGCUCAUGGGGAAUGCGGUGUUCACCUUCGCACAGCUGCUCUCCCCACAUCUCGGGGCAGAGGCCUCCAAGACAGCAGUUGCCAUGGAGAAGGUGAAGCUCCGAGUCUUAAAGCAAUACGAUUACGACAGCAGCACCAUGCGGAAGAGGAUAUUUCAGGAGGCGCUGGUUCAAAUCACACUUCCCACCGUGCAGAAGGCCCUGGCGUCCACAUGCAAACCAGAACUUCAGAAAUACGAGCAGUUCAUCUUCGCAGAUCACACCAACAUGAUCCACGUGGAAAACGUGUACGAGGAGAUUUUACACCAGAUCCUCCUCGAUGAAACUCUGAAAGUGAUAAAGGAAGCUGCUGUCCUGAAGAAACACAACUUAUUUGAAGACAACGUGGCCUUGCCCAGUGAAAGCGUGUCCAGCCUCACAGAUCUGAAGACCCCCGCGGGGUCAAACCAGGCCAGCCCCGCCAGGAGAACCUCCGCCCUGCUGCUGGGAGCUGCCGACAGCGAGGCCGCCAGCAACGAAGUAUUCCAGGAACCAGGGGAAGCAAAGCAGCCUGGGGUCCCCAGUCCGACGGCCCAGGAAGAAAGCCUUUCUUUCCCAGGUGGGGACGGGCAGGUGAUCACUGCAAGCAUGGGUGGCCCUGUUGUGACUCUGGUGGCUGCAGAGGACGCGGCAGCAGCCCCAGGCACGCACCCGCCAGAGCUGGAGCUUGGAGGGACCCCUGAGAACGGAGAACCCGCCCAGGAAAAGCGGGAAUCCAUCUCUGCCGCAGGCUCCGUGAAGGAGCUCCGAGAUUUGUUGACAGUGACCAUCGAAGUGCCAGUGGAGUCUGCGGCCCCUGAGACGGAGAAAGAUGCACCUCAGGAGACCCUUGUGCCCCAAGAAGUUGAAAAAGAAGAGGAAACGACCCCAACCUGCCCAGAGGCCAAUCAAACAGCUGCCUCCAGCCAGGACACCUGUGAGGACGGUGGAGUCAGGGAGAGGGAGGCCCCUUCUCCUGCCACUACAGAGGCUGAGGCCGGUGGGGUGGAGUUGGGAGGCUGUGCAGAGGUUCAGCCAGCCUGCAGAGAGCUCAGCCAGGGCGACAGCGGCCCGGGCACCACAGAGAAGCACGCAGAGGCAGAGGAGCCCAAUGGGAGGGAGCCCCCAGGCAGGCCUUCCAGUCCUGGUGCCCAGGAAGGAGGUAUGGCCAUGCCGCAAGGAGAUUGCAUUGUAAGUUCUGAGCCCGGCGGCCCUGGGGAGAGCCAGGGCUCUGUGGAAGAGGAGGCGGUGGGAGGGGAGGACAGCAAGGCCCAGGCAGCUGCCAGCACAGGUGCAGAGGAGAUCAAGGGUGCCCGGGUUCACGAGUGUCAGUGGGUGGUCAAGGAUGCUCCCGACACCGACAUCCCAGGUCCCCAGAAGGAGGACGAGAGGGAGAGUCCCCCAGAGCCCCCCGCAGAGGAGUGAAAGGGACGAUUUGGCAGAAGCAUUUCUUUGAACAGACUGACCCUCAAUGGGUUAGUCACGGGUACAUUUAGGGUUUGCAUAUGUGUUGUUACCAAACAAAAAUUUGUGAAGCACUUCCUUAAUUUGUAUUGAAAUCAGAUGGAAUGCACAGAGGGCGUGAGCACGGAGGAGACCCUUUGUGGAAUGGAACAGCUCCGCCGUGAAUUAUUGCUUUCUCAUUUUAAUCAGAAUUACAAAGGUGGCGCAGUGCUUGGGGCUAGAGGGAGCUGAGGGUGCCCGAGGGUGGGAGCGGGUGUCGCACUGGGGAUUCAGAAAGCAGCAGGAGCACUGUGGUCAGUACACUCUGCACAUUUUCUUCUAAUGCACUUUAAGGCUUUUCAGUUCUUCGUAAGAAUGCAAACACGGGCUGUAAAUCCAGCUCCCCCGUCUACUACACCCACUUCACUGUCUCUUAAGGACUCAGUCGUUGUCCACGGUCUGGCUGGUCUGGCUGGUCUGGCUGCCCGAAAGCGAGGGUGGCCCUCGGCAGUGCCCAGGGGUGGGGGUGGGGGUGGGGGUAGCCCCCGCGGAGCCUGAGUGAGGGCAGGGGGCGCUGAGCAGAAACCCAGGCAGGCCGUGGUCUGCGGGACUGCCCGGGCCUGUUCCUAACUCUGCUCUCCACGUCCUGGCAGUGGAUCUUGUGGACUCUUCGUCAUCAAUCACCUUCUGGGGAAAUUCAAACGAGGCAAGAAAACUUCCCUCGCACAUUGAAGCGCUCCAAAUUAGCCUUAGGCUGUGCAGAGAGAGCUUAGCUAAAUUAUUGGGUGUGAAGCCUACCAAUUAAACAAAUGUUACUGAAACAGCUACUCUUUGCCUCAUGCUGAGUUAAGCAUAAUACCAAAAAAAAAAAAAGAAAGAAAAGAAAAAGGAAAAAGAAGAAGAAAAAGAGAUAAGGUGCUUUUGUUCAGUAUAAAUUAAAAGGCUCAAUAGAAUUUAAGAAAAUGUCAGUUUUCAAAUGAUGAGCUUUCUGCGCUGCCAGGAAAGCUGUCUGUCUUUCUAUUGAAGCAGUCCUGGUUCACUCCCAGAAGGAAAUAAAGUGAAUAAAUGAAUAAAAUGAAUUAAAAAAGAGAGAGAGAAGAAGAGAGAGAAAAGCCAAGAUAUAUCCAUAGCAUCAAGCUCCAAAGAUGUUACCAAGGGCAGAGAUCACUUGUUCAGUCAGUUAGCAGGUUAAUGGAGUCUGUUGUGCCCCAGGCACUGGAGCCCUGUGCUUUAAAAGAUCUGUUCCUUUCUCCCAGAACCGACACUUUAGCAGAAAUAGACACAAAUACAUCUUCCACAUCGAUUGAGACCUAUGCCUGUUAAUGGUACAGGUAGAAUGGACUUCCAAAACAUUAAAGGAAGAACUAUUCUAUUGUCCUUCAGAAAAUACCAGUUUAUUGCCUACCUGGUGUGGCUCAGUGGAUUAAGUGCCAGCCUGCAAACCAAAAGGUUGCAGGUUCAAUUCCCAGUCAGGUCACAUGCUCAGGUUGUGGACCAGGUCUCCAGUAAGGGGCGAGCAAAUGGUGACUGAUUGAUGUGUCUCUCACACAUCAAUGUUUCUCUCCCUUUCUUUCUCUUUCCCUUCCCCUCUCUCUAAAAAUAAAUAAAAUCUAAAAAAAAAGAAAAAAUAUUAGUUUAUUUCCUAAAAGCUUCAGAACCAGCACUAUAUCUUCAUCUUUCUUUCCACAAAUUUUAUUAAUAGAUCCCAAUAUAUUGCCCAAGAGCUGUGUUCGAUCAUCAUCAACAAGGAAGUUUGUAUCAGCUCUCUAGAGGAUUUAUCCCACAGUUCAGCCAUUUAAGCAGGAAUUCAAAAUGGAUUUCUAGGUCUUCAAGGAUGUAGCAUAAUCAGUAUCAUGAUGUAUAAUCUCCUGUUCCCAGUGCUUCCCUCCUCACACCGAGGAAGGAUCUCCUGACAGGUGAAGAAGGUAGAGGCCACUCCCCCUUGGUCCCUGUGACACCAAUACCCGCUGAUAUCCUUGCACUUAGCAUGAAACACUGAAAUUCUCUCUACUUACUGCCUCUUCCAGGGGCUCUUCUCUUCCAGGGCAGAAAUGAGGGUUUAGCCUUUAGAUGUGCUUCCUGUGAGAAGCACACAGCCUUGAAUAAUGGCUCUCUGCCUCCUCGGGUCACAUGAACGUCCCUAGUGCCCAGCGAGGAACUGGCCUGUGCCCGGCUGCUCAGGACAUGUGAGAACCCACCACCCACCGCUCCGCUGGGCUGUGGCUCUUUGGAGCCUGCUGUCAGCCAGGGAGAUGUUUUCCAGUUGGGCUUCCUGCCCUUGCCCAGUCGUCCCCUAAAUCAAGCCCAGAUGGCCACGUGGUCCGAUUCUGUGCCCAGCAAGGCAAGGAGCCAAAGGAACAGUGCCCAGCCCUGCCCAGGGCUGUCCUUCCCUCCAGGAGAGUUGUGGCGAGGGAGGAGGUCACAGCCCAGGCUGCCACCACCCCGGUGCUCCCCGGCUUUCUUCCUUUCCUCGCAUCAGGGCUUCUCAAACUCUCAGAAAGCGGGGUGAUUCUUUCCAACCCUGAAAGGGGGUGCAUCUCACUACAUUGGGUGGAUGGACAUCAGUGCCCUUCCUUGGCCCGACCUGCAGGCCCGAGGGGACUGGGCACGAAGUGGGAGGACACGCUUGAGAAUGCAAAGCACCUUUCUGUACGUGUUCCACAGAAGACAAGUUCACUCGACUACGCAGGGUGAUUGUCCCAUUUGCAGAUGGAACAGGAAACUAAAGUGCAUUAAAAAUAUUCCUUAUUCAUUUUAACGCGUUGCAUGAAAUACCUUCACAUUAGCGUGAGUUUGUUGCUUCUCACACGGACUUCUCUGUGGUGCCGCAGUGGUUUCCAGGUCGGAGCAAGGUCGCUGUGGUUCCAGCGAGCAGCGCAGACGGGCCUCUGCAGGCCGCCCCAGGGCUCUCCUCUGCGGGCAAGUCUGUUAGAAAGGCAGCAGACCUCAUGAUGGGCUAUCGGGCAAAAAUCCCAUGACUUUGAAGGAGUUAUAUCAUUGUUGACCUUCCACAAAUAAAUAAUAUGGUUCUUUCCUUAAACAAACAAACAAACAAAUUUCAUUCCUUAAAGAAAUUAACUUGUCCUCUUCUCCUUUGCAGCUUGGACUAGUGCCUUACAUUAUGGAGAGUAAAUUCUCUUUCCAAAAAAAAAAUAGUAUGUUGGAGACCACAAGGGUGAAACUCCAGUUUGUCCAAAAGCUUUCUAAAGAGGCUGGGUGUGAAAACCUUGCAGGUCAGAAGGCCUGAUCCUCUACAUUUGAUUAAGAAGAUCCUCAAGUCUGGUCUUCUAACCUCCAGGCUGCAGCCAGUGAUUUCAAAGGGCUUCCCAAUUCUCCCAGACAGGUGACUUUCUUUCUUCCUAAUAAGUGCUAGGUAAUAUAUGCUACAUGGCAAUUUUAACAUGGGGAAGGGGAGGGUGCCCCUGACUCAAACAGAAACACAGUCCAUUCGGUAAAGCGCUGGCUACAUACACCUUCUUCACCGUAAACAAACGGGUUUGGGGAUUUGCCUUCUGAGGUCUGCAACUUCAAGAAAAAAAAAUCAACACCGUGGAUGGAUAUGUUUUUUAGUCACUAUGUAAAGCAAAUAAAUUUAAAACACUUUGUAACCGUGCAUAUACUCUGCCAAGUGCCUAUAUUCCAAUAAAAUGUUCACCCUUGAAGAGA